ACAAAACAACUCGGUUCGCGGAGGCGAAAAAUUGGAAAAAAUUGCCAUUGCGAGAGCUUGGAGGCCACGACCAGUUUAAUUAAGAGUUGGCUUAAGGACAUCCGGAGUCCCGAACAGUGCCACGCGCGAGUGCAACAAACGAAAAGUGACUGACCAGGCACAAACCUAUUGAUUUUGGUGUGCAAUUGUGCAUUAAAUAUUAAGCGAAAAAAAACGAGGGCUGGGCGCGUGGCAGCCAGUGGCAAAUUGUUGCUCCUCGAACACAAAUCCAAUACCCCCCACCCUAGUCGUGCGAUCGCGAAAGUCCGUGUAAUCCGGAAAUGCAGGCAACCACCAGAGGAGCAGAGACCAGAGCCAGUUGGUGGACGGAGUGAAGCGACCAGGAGAGAGAGCUUGAGCCAGGGCCAACGCGUAUCCAAAUCCGUGAUAUUUGGGGCGUGCGUGUAAACAAAGCGAAACACAACAACAACACAAUCACAAGCACACACACAUACACAAUGGCCAACAACAGUCGGAGUCGGGCCAUACUGAGCGUGAAUCUCGACGCGGUCAUGGCCAACGAUCCGUUGCGGGAGCUCUUCGAGGCCUGCAAGACGGGCGAGAUAGCCAAGGUGAAGAAGCUGAUAACGCCGCAGACCGUGAAUGCCCGGGAUACGGCGGGACGCAAGUCUACGCCUCUGCACUUUGCUGCGGGUUAUGGCCGCCGAGAAGUGGUCGAAUUCCUGCUGAACAGCGGCGCCUCCAUCCAGGCCUGCGACGAGGGCGGCCUGCAUCCGCUGCACAACUGUUGCUCCUUUGGCCAUGCCGAGGUGGUGCGACUUCUACUGAAAGCUGGAGCCAGUCCCAACACCACCGACAACUGGAACUACACGCCAUUGCAUGAGGCGGCCAGCAAGGGUAAGGUCGAUGUGUGCCUGGCCCUAUUGCAGCACGGGGCGAAUCAUACGAUCCGGAAUUCGGAGCAGAAGACACCGCUAGAGCUGGCGGAUGAGGCGACCAGGCCCGUUUUAACCGGGGAAUAUCGCAAGGAUGAGUUAUUGGAGGCAGCUCGCUCUGGAGCCGAGGAUCGUCUGUUGGCUCUGCUUACGCCUCUGAACGUAAACUGUCAUGCCAGCGACGGGCGACGCUCGACGCCCCUCCAUCUUGCGGCAGGCUACAAUCGGAUUGGGAUCGUGGAAAUACUGCUGGCCAACGGGGCUGAUGUGCAUGCCAAGGAUAAGGGCGGUUUGGUGCCGCUGCAUAAUGCCUGCUCCUAUGGGCACUUUGAUGUGACUAAGCUGCUCAUCCAGGCAGGAGCCAAUGUCAAUGCCAACGAUCUGUGGGCCUUUACCCCGCUCCACGAAGCUGCCUCCAAGAGCCGAGUGGAGGUAUGCAGUCUGCUACUGAGCCGCGGAGCGGAUCCCACACUCCUCAACUGUCACAGCAAGUCGGCCAUCGAUGCGGCACCGACCAGAGAGCUAAGGGAAAGGAUAGCAUUCGAAUACAAGGGUCAUUGUCUGCUGGAUGCCUGUCGGAAGUGUGAUGUCUCCCGUGCCAAAAAGCUGGUCUGCGCGGAGAUUGUGAACUUUGUGCAUCCCUACACGGGAGAUACACCUCUGCAUCUGGCCGCCGUUUCGCCUGAUGGCAAGCGCAAGCAAUUAAUGGAGCUGCUGACCAGAAAGGGAGCCCUUCUGAACGAGAAGAACAAGGCAUUCCUCACUCCCCUCCAUCUGGCCGCCGAAUUGCUGCACUAUGAUGCCAUGGAGGUCCUGCUUAAGCAGAGUGCCAAAGUGAACGCUCUUGACAGUUUGGGGCAGACGCCUUUGCAUCGGUGUGCUCGAGAUGAGCAGGCAGUUCGCCUGCUGCUGUCCUAUGCCGCAGAUACGAAUAUUGUUUCGCUGGAGGGACUCACCGCCUCGCAGUUGGCCUCGGACAAUGUGCUCAAGCUGCUCAAAAAUCCGCCCGACAGUGAAACCCAUUUACUGGACGCUGCCAAGGCAGGUGACCUGGACACUGUGCGUCGCAUUGUUCUGAACAAUCCACUGAGGGUCAACUGUAGGGAUUUGGAUGGAAGACAUUCCACGCCGCUCCACUUUGCCGCUGGCUUCAACCGGGUGCCGGUGGUUCAGUUUCUGCUGGAGCAUGGCGCCGAGGUUUAUGCUGCUGAUAAGGGCGGCCUGGUGCCCCUUCACAACGCCUGCUCCUACGGGCAUUACGAGGUCACCGAACUGCUGGUCAAGCACGGAGCCAAUGUGAAUGUCUCCGAUCUUUGGAAGUUCACACCACUCCACGAAGCGGCUGCCAAAGGAAAGUAUGAUAUUUGCAAGCUGCUCCUCAAGCACGGCGCUGAUCCCAUGAAGAAGAACCGGGAUGGCGCUACGCCAGCGGAUUUGGUUAAAGAAUCGGAUCAUGAUGUUGCCGAGUUGCUGAGGGGACCCUCUGCCCUACUCGAUGCCGCCAAGAAGGGCAAUCUUGCCAGGGUUCAGCGAUUAGUUACCGCGGAAACCAUCAAUUGCAGAGAUGCGCAGGGCAGGAAUUCCACUCCCCUGCAUCUUGCUGCCGGCUACAACAACUUUGAGUGUGCCGAGUACCUCCUGGAGCACGGAGCCGAUGUCAAUGCCCAGGACAAGGGUGGUCUCAUACCACUGCACAAUGCCAGCUCGUACGGCCAUUUGGAUAUAGCAGCUCUGCUGAUCAAGCACAAGACAGUCGUAAAUGCCACGGAUAAAUGGGGCUUCACUCCGCUCCACGAGGCAGCCCAGAAGGGACGCACGCAGCUAUGCUCGCUCCUAUUGGCCCACGGUGCCGAUGCCUACAUGAAAAACCAGGAGGGACAGACGCCCAUCGAUCUGGCCACCGCUGAUGAUGUGAAAUGCCUGCUGCAGGACGCCAUGGCCACUUCGUUGAGCCAGCAUGCAUUAAGCGCUUCCACGCAGUCGUUAAGCAGCAGCUCGCCCGCCCCAGAGGCAGCAGUAGCAGGAGCAGCUGCAUCAGCAGCCGGUACCUCAUCGACAACAUCCACCUCAUCUACGAUUCUAUCCCCCACCACGGAAACCGUGCUGCUGCCCACCGGCGCCUCCAUGAUCCUGAGUGUUCCUGUACCUCUGCCCCUGAGCAGUUCCACGCGCAUCAGUCCGGCCCAAGGAGCCGAGGCUAAUGGGGCGGAGGGCUCCUCUACAGAUGACCUCCUACCGGAUGCCGAGAACAUCACCAAUGUGUCCGGUUUCCUCUGCAGCCAGCAGCUGCAUCACCUAACCGAGCUGUUCGAGCGUGAGCAAAUCACGUUGGAUAUUCUGGCCGAGAUGGGUCACGAUGAUCUCAAACAGGUGGGCGUCUCUGCGUACGGCUUCCGCCAUAAGAUACUCAAGGGCAUUGCCCAGCUGAGGGCCACCACAGGCAUUGGUAACAACGUUAACCUGUGCACCUUGCUGGUAGAUCUGCUGCCGGAUGACAAGGAGUUUGUGGCCGUAGAAGAGGAAAUGCAGGCCACGAUACGCGAACAUCGGGAUAAUGGUCAGGCCGGCGGUUAUUUCACGCGAUAUAACAUUAUUCGGGUGCAAAAGGUACAGAAUCGUAAGCUUUGGGAGCGUUAUGCGCAUCGUCGGCAGGAGAUCGCCGAGGAGAACUAUGUGCAGUCCAACGAGCGCAUGCUAUUCCAUGGCAGCCCCUUUAUCAAUGCGAUUGUACAGCGGGGCUUCGAUGAGCGACACGCCUACAUUGGCGGCAUGUUUGGGGCGGGCAUUUACUUUGCCGAGCACAGCUCGAAGAGCAAUCAGUAUGUUUAUGGAAUUGGCGGCGGCAUUGGAUGUCCCUCUCACAAAGACAAGUCCUGCUAUGUGUGUCCAAGACAACUUCUCCUGUGUCGCGUGGCUUUAGGUAAAUCGUUCUUGCAGUACAGCGCCAUGAAGAUGGCCCAUGCUCCGCCUGGCCACCACUCAGUGGUGGGACGGCCAUCGGCGGGUGGCCUGCAUUUCGCGGAAUAUGUUGUCUAUCGGGGUGAACAGUCUUAUCCAGAGUACUUGAUAACCUACCAAAUCGUCAAGCCCGAUGACAGCAGUAGCGGGACGGAAGAUACGAGAUGAUGGAUGCCCUCUGUUGGCUCCACGCCCACAACCACAUCGCCAGCUCUGCAGCAGCAGCAGCAGCAACAGCCACAACAGCAUCUUCACUCGGCCACAGCCGCUGUUGUUACCACCACUCAGCCGGCGCCCGCUGGCGUCUUUGCGCACAACAACAACAAUAAUCAUAAUACGGCGAACACGAACAGCGCCCAUGUUAGCAGCAGCAACAACAACAAUGACAUGUCGCCGGUGUCGAACAGUAACAGCUACUCUUCGGUGGACACCAACCAAACGCUGCUCAAUUCGCUGGCCAACCAGCAGCGCCACAACCAACGAAAGCAGAGGCAACAACAGCAACAAAACCAGCCACACCAACAGCAACCGGCGAACCGCAACCAAAAGUAUAGUCAAUUUAUGAUCAUUACACCCGCCGUUUCCAUAGAUCGCGACUUCGAGUACGAGUCCCACCUGGACUUUGAGGACUUUGCCAAUGCUGCCCACAACAAUGGGAAUCUAUUUCGAUUGGGACUGCGACGAAGUGAUAGCAGCAGCGGAGACAGUGGUCACAGCAGCGACAGCAGCAGCUUCCGCUCGAAUUAUAAUCCAUACUUGCAUCACAGUCGCCAGCACUUGCUGUCCAAGGGAGGAGGAGGCGGCGGUGGCGGCGCCAGUCGUCACUUUUACGCCUUUACCUCGUCCUGGAGAUGGUGCAGCCUGCUGUGCGCGGCCAUGCGCUGCUUUGGUGCCGGUGCGGGAAAUGGACACGCCAAUGCUCCUUACAGCAGUUCGCUUCAACAUCAUCGGCUCAGGCGCUGCUCGUCGUACAACGCGGAGAAUGCCUACGAGCAUUUCGCGGCGCCGUUUAAGGCGCGGAAGACGCGCGAUCACAUGAAUAACAUCACCUACGAAUUGUGACGGUGGCUGCUGCUGCCGGUUUUUGAUCUCCCGUCUCCUUUAUUACAAUUACUAGCUAUAGAUGUCGUGUCUUGUGUGUGUCUCUCACUCUCUUUCUCUCUCUCGUUGUUUAUUAUUACUCUAUAAUAUAUCACGCGUAAGGGCGAGACUCGAGAUUGGCUCGGAUUGCAUUGAAUUGGCAUGGACCAUUGGGUUAACGAUGGAGUAGCAUGGUUUUUGAGUGAUUUUAAAUUCGAGAAAAUACCGAAAGUUCGAUUAUACAAGGCAAAUAACAAGUUCUAUGACGACAAAUGAUGAAUGAAGGCAUUACAAUACAUUACAUUGCGCUCGGGCGUUUAAGUGUUUAAGCUUAGUUAAUUUAAACAGAAAUUAAAACUCCAAUUAAAUUUAAAUAUA